UGUGCUUUGGAUACUACAAACAUGUUUUUCUUGAUACUAACUGUUGUAUUUAUCGCAAAUGGAGGUGGUGCACAGGUAAGUGAAGAUAGCUGCGAUGCGAGUGAACUGAAGAUAUGCGUUGAGUCGACACCACGGACUCCUGUAGGACUACCGCGGACAAAGGAGGAGCUUGAUGCACACUGCCUAGCUUACCAGACCGGGAUGGCGUGCAUGGACGCAUGGAUAAAGCGAUGCUUACCCACCGACGGCCAGAAACUUGUUCAACAGCAGAUCGGAGGUGCACGGGUACUCAUGAAAUUCCUUUGCACCAACGAUACAGCUUUUCGUAAAGAUUUCCUGAAGGAGCCAACAUGCUGGGCUGUGGUGUCUCCAGACUGGUCUCGCUGUGUCGAUGAGCUACAGUUGGCGGCACGCGAUAUAUCCGAGCGAUCGCACCAAAUAGUUUACUUCAACAAAAAUACAGAGUUAUGCUGCGCGCGCGACGAGUUUGUGUCGUGCGUGUCACUCGCAGGCCGUGCGUGCUCGCAGGCGGCAGGCGCGUUGUUGCGGCGUAUGGCGUGGGUGCUGGCUCAGGACGUGGCGGCAUGCAAUGUGCAGCCGCGCGCACACUGCGCCGCGCCGCAUCCACCUUUCCCGCCACUCGCUGCUGGCUCCUUUAUGGUGCUUACAGGCGCUUUAGUUCAUCCACUGAGAUUUUAA